AUGAAUGGUGUACAUCUGCUGUGUCUGUUCUGCGUGCUGUCCGUCACCUGGGCACGCCCACAAUUCUCCACAUGGUCACAUGACAUGAUCAACUACAUCAAUACAGCCAAUAGCACAUGGACGGCUGGUGUGAGUUUUCAGGAUGUGGAGUUCAGCUCUCUGAAGUCUCUCUGUGGAACUCUACUGAGGGGACCAAGACUGCCGUAUACAGUAAAACACGCGGCCAACAUGAAACUGCCCGACACGUUUGACCCGCGGAGUCAGUGGUCUUACUGUAAAACUCUCGGUCAGAUUCGAGAUCAGGGGAACUGCGGCUCGUGCUGGGCCUUCGGUGCGGUGGAAGCCAUCUCUGACCGCAUCUGUAUUCACAGUAAAGGAAAAGUGUCGGUGGAGAUCUCGGCUGAAGAUCUGCUCUCCUGCUGUGAUGAAUGUGGAUUUGGGUGUUCUGGAGGUUUUCUGGCUGAAGCGUGGCAGUACUGGACUACAUCUGGUUUGGUGACUGGAGGUCUUUAUAACUCCAACGUUGGUUGCAGACCGUACACCAUUCCACCCUGUGAACAUCACGUCAACGGCACGCGUCCUCCGUGCACGGGUGAACACCAAACUCCAAAAUGCAACGCCGAGUGUCUUCCUCAGUACAGUGUGCCAUACAAAAAAGACAAACACUUUGGACAUAAAUCAUAUAACGUUCCCUCCGAUCAGCAACAGAUCAUGACGGAACUAUACACCAACGGUCCGGUGGAGGCGGCGUUCACCGUCUACGAGGAUUUUCUGCUUUAUAAGACAGGUGUGUAUAAGCACGUGACGGGCUCGGCACUGGGAGGUCACGCUGUCAAGAUUCUGGGAUGGGGAACUGAGAAUGGAACUCCUUACUGGCUGGUCGCAAACUCCUGGAACAGUGACUGGGGUGACAAGGGAUAUUUUAAGAUCUUAAGAGGACAGAAUGAGUGCGGGAUUGAGAGUGAAAUGGUUGCUGGGAUACCGCAGCUGUGAGGGCGGAGCCACGUGAACAUCUCACCUGUGAUGGACCUCAGAAUACAGAUUCAACAGUUGAUUUCACACAUGUGUUUUGGCAUAUUCACAUGGAAAAUAAGAGAAACACACAGUUUAAAUUCAAAACUAAAUAGUUUUAACAGUCCAAUCGUACAUUAUGUUUUUUUAUUUGAAUAAAACAAAUACAGCACAUUAAAACUGUGUUAUUAACAUCUAUUGUGUCGUCAUCUCUUAUCAAA